AUGACAGCUCAAUCCGAUCUCGAAAAUACGGUGAAGUCCGAUCUGAUCCACGAUGACCUCCUCGUGCAGGAUAACGGUGAAAUAAGCUUGAUCCCUGUACCCGCGGCUGACCCAAGCGAUCCCCUGAAUUGGCCUCGAUGGAGACGCUGGUCAAUCCUGAUUCUCCUCUCACUGUGGUUCGCAGUCUGCCUACUCACACAAUCCUACUUAUCGAACAUCACACCCAGCCUGGCAGCCCAAUGGUCCCAUGAAUCUUCUAGCAAGGUAAACUUGUUAAUCACGAUCAUAACUCCCAUAUGUGCUCCGUCGAGUCUCCUUUUUGUGGCGCUUUUCAACAGUUUUGGUCGCCGCUUACCUUUGCUUCUGGCUAACCUGAUUCUCCUCACCUCGCUCAUUUGGGGAGCCUGCACUACUUCCUACAAGUCGUUCCUGGGCGCCCGGAUACUGCAAGCCAUCGGAACCUCUCCGUCGGAUGCAAUCAUUUAUAUGUUAAUACAGGAUAUAAGCUUUAUCCACGAACGUGGAGCCAUGAUGGGGGUGGUGUUGAACUGUGGCUACGCGCUGUUUUACAUUCUAUGUAUUAGCCUUCCCUACAUGACAACCACACCCGCCUACUUUGGGCCACAUUACGUCUUUAUUGGCAUUAUUUCCCUCUGCAUCCCAGGCUUCUUUUUUCUAAUGCCCGAAACCCGGUACGACCGCAUCGCCAACCCCCCGGCCGCCAUACACAUGACACGCGAGCAGCAUCGAGAACUUCAACAUGCGCUCAAGGCUAGUCCCUAUCCGCUCUCAGCCCAGCUACGUCUAGGAAUGGUUGCCUACAUCACUUACUUCGCCGAAAUCCUUGUCAGUCCACCUUGGAGCUGGCCUGCUUCCAGCAUCGGCCUCAUAAACCUUACUGGCAUAUUUCUCGCUGUUUGGAACUGGAUUUUCCUCGGCUAUGGCAGCGACAAGCUGCUUGUCUACAUGGCCAGACAUAAUGGCGGGRAGACUAAAGCGCAGCACCGACUCAUUAUGCUCGUCUUCCCAGUAUGCUUCGGCACAGCUGGUUUGAUCGGCUUUGGGGGCCUGACCGAGCGCUACUUCGAUCCCAACCAGCAUCAUCAACCUCAUUGGUUUUCCCUCGUGGUUAUCCACUGCCUGAUUCUUAUGGCCUACGCAGGCACCCUCGAGGUAACCUUCACGUACAUGAUUUCCCAAACCAGUACCGCGGAUGCGCUGGCGGCUAUGACACUAGUGGCAAUAAUCCGCGGUGAUGCGAGCUUUGGCAUGUCAUAUGGGGUGACUGGAUUCGUAGCACAAUGCGGAUAUUUGGUGUCCUUUGGUGUCUAUGGCGCGCUGGUGGGAGUAUUCGGCCUGAUGGGGGUGGGUGUGUAUUUUGCGAGGCCUAGAAAAUGA